UUGUCGGUGCCAAAGCUCCGAGGAAGCAGUUGGGUGCUGGCGGUUCCAACCUCGGUUCCUCUGGAUCAAACGACAAACACAGUGGAGGAAAUCCUGUAAGGUGGACGCCUACACCUACAUGGCAGAAAGGUAUGGAGUUGUGAAAAUAUUAAGAGGCAAUUUUUUUCAAUGUCGCGUAUUUGCGAUGCAAACUGUUCAAAACGAAAAAUCUUUUUGGCAUACAUCUCAAAAUUGCUGUGUUUUAGCUUUAUUCUCUAGCUUAUACAAUUAGCUGCCUUUUUAUAUGCAUUUGCCGGUUGAGAAACAUAAAGUAAUAGUAAAACAUUGUCAAUUGAAAUACAAUUAUUAAUGACUCUUUGAAAGUGACGCCAUGAUUUACAGCAAUAUAAGCAAAACUUACUGAACUUCAGACAUCAUUUUCUCUUUGGCAUACCAUCUAAAAUCUCUUAAUUUUAGCAUCAUUUUACUGAUAAAUCACCAAACAUACUUUUUAAGUUUGUUUGCCCCUUGAGAAACGUAUCAAAAAUUAAAAAUAGGUACGCAGUGCGUACAUGUUGCAUGCCUCAAAAAGCUCCAGGCCGAUUUCCAUUCAGUGCAAAAUAUCGCGAGAUCAACUUUUUGCGAUCACUAUCUUUUCAAAUCUGCCCAGUCAACGUGAUCCGUUGCGUUUGAUUGCUUGUAUUUCAAAAGAAAGUGAUCGCAAAAUGUCGAUCGCGCGACAUUUUGCACCGAAUGAAAAUCCGCCUUUAUGGUGCGCAAGCGCUUAUAAAUUUUGUUACAACUGGCCUGAAACUUAACAUAUUGAUUCAAUAAGUUUAAUAUCAAUAUAUUCAUUGAAAAAUAGCUAUUAUGUCAAAAUAACAAAACUUAACUAGAUUUUCACAGGAAUGAGCAAUGUUUUUAUGAGCGGCUGUUCAUCUGUAGUUGCAAGGGACGGUAAUAACAAGGUCAACUGGUCAAGGUUUUAUGACUGAUUGACUAUUUGAAGGGGCAGUUAACAUAGAUAUCUUAUAUACACUAGAUAGCACAUCUCUUUUAGUAAAAUUGAAGCCAAGAGUAUUCCAGCGGUUACCCCUAUUUGAACAGAUGGCGGCAAUGUUGGAGUUUCCCACUCGCUAAUAAACGCUUAAAAAACAACAAUAAUUUUCAUCAUUUGAAUAGUUUGAAAAUGUAUUUGGAAUAGGUUUAACUUAAUGUUUAAGUUCCCUGUUUAAGAAAUAGAAAAAUACGAGUCUUCUCAUUUCAUGGGAAUAUCCUGAGUCUGCAAUCACGUCUUCAAUUUUUGAAUUGCAGAAUGAGUAGAUGCACUAUCUAAUGUAUAUAAGAUAUCUAUGGGGUGUAACCCCCCCCCCCCCCAUUCAUCACAGAUGCGGCAAAUGCUAGAUGAAAUCGGCAAAUGACGAUAUGUCGGGAAAUAUUUGUGUAUUUUCGAAAAAGUUACGAUAUGUCCGGAAAAAAUUGUAUGUCCGGAAAAUAUUUCGCGACACUUUUGGGAAAAGAAAUAUUAAUUAGUGACUCGGCAAAAUUAACUUACCCCCCUCCCCCCCAUUCAAAGAGGUCUAGCCGUCUAGCGCCCGACGCCCCUGAACCUAAAGUAUACAUUUGUCUGUUUUUAAUGCGCAAAACAAUGUCAGGUGACUUCAAAAGCAUUUCAAAAGUUUCAACUGAGUUUAGCUCAGCUGGCGCUAGGUCACGAGAAGUCGCUUAAGCGACACGAUACUGAAAUUCCAACUGAAAUUCCCAAUUUUAUUAAAUUGCCGAAUUUUUUAAUCUUUUGGUACCCUGUAUAUAGCUUAGUUUAUAUUGCUGUAAAUAUGGCAUCGCUUUUAAAGCAUCAUCGAUAAUUGUAUUUAAUUUGUCAAUUUUUUUACUAUUUUAUGUUUUUCAACCGCGGCAAAUACAUUUAAGAAAGGUAGCUAACUGUAUAACUAGAAAAUAAAGCUAAAACAAAGCAUUUUUGAGAGGUACACCAAAAAUAUUUUCGUUUUUGAACACUUCAUCUCAAAUAUGCGACAUGAAAAAAUUGAUAGGUGAAAAAUGUUACCCACUACCCGUCAACCGAAACUCGGAAUAUUUAGUCGAAUAUUUAACACGCUCAGCCAUUGGGCUGAGCCUUAUAUUCCCGCCCAUUUCAUGUAUUUCUGACAAUAAAUCUAUGUACCAUGCAUGCAUGCAUGGUUUGAACGAGUGCAUGCCUAAUUGAUAAAAAUAUUUUAAAAUAUUUUUGUUCUAGGUAUUGGUAAUUUCUUCCAAAAAGGUGAUGCUUCGAAUGGUGAAAAUUCAUGUGAGCCAAAUAAUGACACUACAUCAAGUACCGAGAGUUCAACACCUUCCUCAGAAGUUAUUUCUUUAGAGCCAAAUAAUGAUACUACACCAAGUACUCAGAGUUCAGAAACUGGUUCAGAGCCUUCCUCGGAAAUUAUUUCGUUAGAAGACUGA